AUGAAGGUGCGGUGGAAUGAUGUCUUCGUGGAUGGAGAUGCGCGGACGUUCCUGGAGGAGUUCGAGGACGUCGCGGAGCUGGCGGGAAUACGGUUGGAGCGAGGUAAGUUGACGACCCUCCAAGCGCUUCUCAAGACCCGGGGGCGGGCGGUGUUGGAUGCGGCGCGAAGAGGCCCGGAGAAGAUGGAGUGGGCCGCCGCGAAGGAUGCCUGA